UCCAAUGCCUCAAAUGAAAGCCCAAACCAGAUUGGAAAAGGAAAUAAAGACAGCUCACAAAUCAAAGUACUCCAAGACUCCAGAGAUAGAUAGAUUCUGCAGAUCAGAAACUUCGCCGCCGCCGCCGCCGCCGCCGCCGCCAUCCUUUUCCAGUCAAACACAGCGAUCUUCUUCUGGGUUUGAGAUUAUGGAUCCAGAUUGGGCGAAUUUAGCUAAGCACCUUUUAGAUUCAGUUGUAAAGAGAUUGGCAUUACCCUCGGAUUAUUUGCAAUUCAGCUGUGUUUGUAAGUCAUGGUGUUCUGUAGCUAAGGAUAAUAAAAGCCAACGCUCGAAGAUGAUAACUCCGAUGCUCUUGAUUUCAGCCAAUAAAAAGCACACCUGGCAUUUUUAUAGGGUCAUGGAUAACAAGAUUCUAGAUUUGCAAAUAAGUGUGCCCAAUAAGCGGUAUUGUGGAUUUUCGAAAGGAUGGUUAAUAACUCUAGAGAAUAAUUUUGUUGUAGCCCUGAUAAAUCCAUUCUUUAGGGUUAAAGGAAAGCCGAAGAAAGAAAACUCAAUCAUUCGCCUCCCUCCUUUGACCUGCAAAGACUUAACUCCCCGCCGGAUACUUCAUUGGUCUAGAAGAUCUGAGAAUUACGGUGUCAAGGCGAUGAUUUCAGCAGACCCAGUAUUAAAUGCAAGUGAUUGCGUCGUUGUCAUUAUAUAUGAAGAGCUUAAGCAAAUGGCGUUCAUCAGGCUAAGUAAAGAUACAACUUGGACUUAUAUUGAUCAAAGUGUUGAUCCAAGAUGGCUCUUAAUUGAAGAAGUGACGUACUUUCGAGGUAGGUUUUAUGCUGUGGAUUACUGGCGUAGACUUUUGUCUUUUGAUAUCACUGCUCAGUCGAAUUCAGACGUAAAGUUGGUAGCACAAAGCAUCGAAGGAAAGAAAUUUGACAAGAAAUAUAUUGUGAAUUCAAAUGAGAAAGAAUUAUUGAUGGUUCAAAGGUAUUAUAUCCAUGGGGGGUCAAGUGUGACAAUAGGGUUCAAAGUUCUUGAAUUUAAGUUUGACAAGAGCGAGUGGGUGGAGAAAAAUGAUUUGGGUGAUGUUGCUCUCUUUCUUGGCGAUAACACUUCAAUAUCUGUGGUUACUUCAAGUUUGUCAGGAUGCCAAUCGAAUAGCAUAUACUUUUGCCAUGAUCAUAAUGAGAAUGAUUUUGGACGUCGGUAUUGUGAUUGUGGUGUUUAUGACGUCAAAAGUCAAACCAUUACACAUUAUGAUAUACCCCUUUUGAAGAUGACAGAUCGACCAGCCAUAUGGGUUGUGCCAUCUUUUCAUUUGUAAUGGAUUCUCUAACUUAUUGCACCAGUUUUUCCUCUCAUUUGUAAUGGAUUCUCUAACUUAUUGCACCAGUUUUUCCUCACCUUCGGUGCCUGUCUCUUCCUUAUUCAGAUGAGAAGGUGAGCGGCAAAGUCUGGUUCAACUAAGGACUAAGAAGUCGGUCGUCCGAGCGGUUAAUGAUCAAAUAUUUUUUUUUUUUUUUGUUCUGCAUGCCGUCAUUAUUCUGUUGUUAUUCCUUGAUGAGUUAAAUCAUGUAAUCCUGCCUUUGAUAUUGGGAUGCUUUGUUCUAUGUUUUCUUUGUCUUUUGUAUUUAUUAUCUUAUCAACCUGGGGUUAAAAUCCUACUUUCUGGUUUGCUAACCAAAUUUAUGACGUAGAGGGGAGGGCCCUUCUAACUGCUUGAAGGUUUAUGAGUGUGUUUAGUGAGACUUUAUCUAAAUGAUCAAGUUGCGACAACCGCUUCAUUUACCGGUCAAUCACUUUAAUAUCGGACCUAGUUAUAAGUUUUUGCUACAAGAUUGAAAUCCUACUCUUUCCAACUCAUAAUAUUUUGUUUUUCCAUUCAACAGAAAUUGAUGUAUAAUUGAUGGGAGUGUAUUCAGUGCACCAACAGUGCUUGGGCACUGACAGCACGUGGUCACGUGCACCGUUAGUCCAAGGCAGACGUUAGCUGGUCAACAAACAAUGAAAUGGAGACAAAAAAUCUAAAGUGGAGUAAAAAUGAAUUUUACCUCCACUCUACCCAGAUUCCCAACACGACUGAAGUCGGAGAGAUCCCCACAAUCGGAGAGGUUGGUUGGAUCUGGACAGCAGAGGCCAGAGGUCGUGGCAUGGUAAUCGAAUAAACCCAAGAUCUAUCCGUCUCCGGUUCGAGUUGCGGGGCUGACAUUCCUCCGUCGCCUGUCCAGAGUGACUACAAACUGAUUUUUGCCUUUUAAUCAAUGCUGGUGUAGCCAGAUCAAAGCUCAGGAAUCAACAAAGCUCUGUAUAAAUGGAGGCCUUCUUGACCCAUGUAUGCAAGACAAGAACACUGCUUACACUGACCUUGUGCAUUUGGGUGCCUGUGGAAGUGAUGGCUCAAACUGGAAAUGCAUCAUGCAUGCCACCGUUUCGUCUAGGAGGCCGAGUUCUUUGAAUAUUGGAGCUUUGUUUACUAAUUCAGACAUUGGAAGGUCGGCCAAACCAGCAAUCCUAGCCCCAAUUGAUGAGGUUAAUUAUGGGUCAAAGAGUUGGAGGUUGAAGGUGGGAGGACUGUGGUGAUGGGAAGAGAAAUGAAAUAAAUAUGAUAGCUAAGUGGAUUAGCUAAAUGGAAAUAGAAGGAAGUUGGAAAUAUAGGGUUUCCAUGAGAGGGAAGUGAAAUUGCACGAAAACUUGAAAUGUUCUGAGCCGAUGAACGCGGCAUGUUGAAUUGAACUCCAGUAAGAAAUUAGAGCUUUGUUGUGUGUGUGAGAUUUUUUUUUUUUUUUUCAGAAAAAUUAAAUAUAAUUUUUAUUCUUUUUUUUUAGAUAACGAUAAUCACAUAAAUGAUUAUUAAAUCGGUAAUUGUCAAUCAAUCAUAAGUUUUAGGUUUGAAUUAUCGAUGAGUC